CAUAAGCUGGGGUCGGGUCCCUACCGGUGCGAUGAGUGCGGCAAAGAGUUUGGCAGAAAAAGCGAUCUCAAAACGCAUCGACAGACACACGACCCGAGUUUGAGGGUCCGGUGCGAAUGGCCUGACUGUGACCGGGAGUUCAAGUCUAGGAAGUAUAUGUUGACACAUAUGAAUGUGCAUACGAUGGCCAGACCCUACCGGUGCCCGUGUCAGUGGACUGACUGUGACUUUAGGUGUCAAUUGGAAACUACUCUUAAGAAACAUGUCUUAACCACACAUGAGAUGGUAUCCGACGACCAGUGCUCUGAAGUCGUGUCCAAACGUAAGACAAAUGAAUGCAAUCUUAUGGACAGACGUGUGAAGAGACCGAAGAAG